AUGGAAUCCGGACAAUACGGACAAGAAGGCGGACGGCCGCCCGAUUGUUCAACAAAGUGUUCGGUAAUCGGUGAAACAAUUGCAACGGCAAUGAAUACGAUAAAUGAUAGUUUUGAUAAUGAAAUGUUAAUGAGUGAAAUUAGUGAAGAAGAAUUAGAAGUACAUUAUAAUUCAAACAAAAAUCCUAGUAGCAUCAUGAGUGAGGUAGAUGUAAUUAAGAACAGAUUAUUACAUAAGUAUAAAAAACAUACCAGAAUUUCUGCAAUAUCAGAUAGUAAAGAUAAAAAGAACAUAAUUGGCAAAAGUGCAACCAAACUUAGAAGAACCGAAAAUAUUAUACAUACUGUUGGAAAUAAUAACAAUGACACGGCGUCUAAGAUAACAAAUAAUAGUGAUAUUUCAAAUUAUAAUAAUAGUAAUGGAACAAGUAAUGAAAGAAAUACUAUGGUAUCGAAUAUUGUAAAUAUCAAUCAGAAUACUGAAGCAAAUCGGAACAGUCAAGAAUUAAGUAGCGUUAUGCAAUUUGAUGAGUGCGAUAAGGAUUUAAGUGAAACAACAACUUAUGCAAACAACGAAGAAAUGACCAAUGAAAAUAUUAGUGCGGGGUCGAGUAAUACCGAAAUAAAUGAUCAGAAUGAUAAAAUGUUGCAUGACUUUCAUGAGUUAGAUAACGUAAUGCAAUUUGAUAAUUGUGGUGAGGACUCGAGUAAAAUAACAAAACAUAAUGACAAAGAAAACGAAAUGAUGCCCGACAAUUACGAACAGGAUAAAGUACGAUAUGACAGUUACGAUAAAGGACCAUAUAUAAUAUACGUAGAAUCUUAUAAUAAAAACAUAGGACGCCUGCAUCCUAUGGCACUUGGAAAAAAAAUUCAUGAUGCAUGGCCAAAUAUGAAAACAAAUUUGGAAGAAAUUGGAGUAAUUGGUAAAAACAAAGUAAAAUUGAUUUUAAGUAAUGGUGUGACAGCUAAUAGACUAUUAGAUGGGACAAAAUUACCAGAAAAAGUAGCGAUCCACUCUGUUAAAUGCCCAGUAACACCAUUCGUGAAAAAAGUAAUACAAUGCCACAAAUGUUGGAGAUUCGGCCACGUUCGUGAUCAGUGUCGAGGAGAGGUAAGAUGUCCAAAAUGCGCAGAAAAUCACGCCUUACAAGAUUGCAUAAAUACGGACGAUUUAAGAUGCUGCUUGUGUUUUGGUAAACAUGCAGCAUAUAAUAGGGAAUGCCCAAUAUUUAUGAAAUAUAAGAAAAUAUAUGAAAUAAUGGCAACACAAAACUUAGCUUUUCACGAAGCAAGAAAUAAAUUUGAAAUUUUAUCUGACCUGGAAGAUAACAAUGAUGAACCGGUAUCGGCCAGCACAUCAAUAUUGUACAGUACAUCUACAAGACCCUUCAAGAGAAACAUUGCCAAAAAACAAGAAAGAACCAAAUAUAAUAAUAUAAUUAAUAGAAAAGAAGAUAAAUCAAAAGGGGAAUCAAGUGAAAGGAACAGGGUGCAUACAGAUAGGGAAGGUUUUAGAGAAAAAUAUCGAGUAUCCACUAGGAAUGAAGUUGAUAACAAAGACAAAGAGAAAGAAGUAGAUACCAUAAAGAACGUCAAUGAAGAACAUACCGAUGAAUUUUUGAAUUUAUUUAUCAAACUAGUUAAAAAACACUACAAACCUAAUAAUAAAGACAUCAACAAAAUGUUAAGAGAGGUAAUGAAUAGAAUAGGUAGUGAAGGAGAUGUGGACAACAAUAAGAGAAAUUAA